AUGGUACUAUCUAUGAAGCGGUGGAUCGGAAAAGUCGCUGUAGUGACUGGUGCGAGUUCAGGUAUUGGUGCGGCAGUGGCCAAACAGUUGGUGGAAGAGGGUUUGCUGGUAGUUGGUUUAGGUAGACGAAAAGAAAAAAUCGAAUCCCUAGGUAACAGGUUGUCUGGAAAAAAAGGUAAACUAUUUGCCGUAAAAGCGGACCUUACCAAAGAAGACGACAUUAAACAGGCUUUCAAAUGGGCCACUGAAAACGUAGGUCCAAUUUCAAUUCUAAUUAACAAUGCAGGUACUCAUAUUCGAACGGGAUUAUUAGACGGUGAUACGGAGGCUUGGAAAACUACUAUAAACGUCAACCUACUAGCUCUGUGUAUCGCAACAAGGGAGGCGAUACAAAGUAUGAGAAAAAAUAGCAUUGAUGGUCAUAUUAUUCAUAUUAACAGCUUUCUUGGACACAACGUGGCUCCUUUACCAGAUUUGGAUGUCUAUCCUGCUACAAAGUAUGGUGUAACAGCAUUAACAGAAACUCUAAGAGUGGAACUGAAUAGUUUUAAUCUAAAGACUAAAAUCACGAGUAUAAGUCCAGGAUUUGUGGACACAGAAAUCAUUGCAGAUAUGAAAAACAACGAAGAAUUUAAAAGGAACGUACCAACUUUACUUAAUCCUGAAGAUAUAGCUGAUGGAAUAAUAUAUGCUCUUUCUACGCCUCCACAUGUACAGGUACACGAGCUGACUAUCAAACCACUUGGAGAAAAAUAUUAAAACAUUAGAAUUUU